CGGUCCACCUGCAGCAAGCAGUCCCUCUGACCGUCCGACCCAGAGGCGCCGGCCGAGCCCGAGGCCUGGGCUCUUGCUCCCUGGCGGAGGGAUCCGCGGCGGCUGAGGAGGCGGCGCUGAGCCUAGAAGGAAGAGGCAGCUACCGCGGUGGCGGCGGCGGCGGCUCGGGCGGCAGCGCAUAAAGGGGCCGCCGCCGGGUGAUGCGGUGACCCCUGCGGCAGGCUUAGGAGCCGAGUGGGCCACGGCCCCAAGUCCGUCCCGCCGGACCCGCGCUCCGGAACUCCCCAUCUUCUCCGGCCGACCCGCGAUCACCGAGGCGGCCUCGCGCCCCCUCGCCCCUUCCCCGUCCCUCCCCUGCCCCUGUUCCCGCCCCGGGGGCCGCCUCCACCCGCCUCCCACGAUGGCUCUGAAGAGAAUCCACAAGGAAUUGAACGACCUGGCGCGGGACCCCCCAGCACAGUGUUCAGCAGGUCCCGUUGGAGAUGAUAUGUUCCAUUGGCAAGCUACAAUAAUGGGGCCAAAUGACAGUCCCUAUCAGGGUGGAGUAUUUUUCUUGACAAUUCAUUUCCCAACAGAUUACCCCUUCAAACCACCUAAGGUUGCGUUUACAACAAGAAUUUAUCAUCCAAAUAUUAACAGUAAUGGCAGCAUUUGUCUUGAUAUUCUACGGUCACAGUGGUCUCCAGCACUAACUAUUUCAAAAGUACUUUUGUCCAUCUGUUCUCUGUUGUGUGAUCCCAAUCCAGAUGAUCCUUUAGUGCCUGAGAUUGCUCGGAUCUACAAAACAGAUAGAGAAAACUUUAGGUCUUCUGCUUGGCUUUUGACGUGUAAAGAUUUUGCAUCAAGAGCCCAUUUGUCUUAGGUACAACAGAAUAGCUCGGGAAUGGACUCAGAAGUAUGCGAUGUAAUUAAAGAAAUUAUUGGAUAACCUCUACAAAUAAAGAUAGGGGAACUCUGAAAGAGAAAGUCCUUUUGAUUUCCAUUUGACUGCUUUCUAUGAGCCCACGCCUCAUCUUCCCCUGUGCACAUGUUUACCUGAUACAGCAGUGCUGCGUGUUGUACAUACUUGGAACAACAAACUAGAAAUACUGUACUUCUGUACCAACAUUGCCUCCUAGCAGAGAAGUGUGUGUGUGACAAGCCAGUUCUCCAGGCAUAACCUAGGUGUGAGACUAAAAGCUUUCCUUAUUGACUUAAAUUUGGAUAACGGCAGAGUGAGGGGUGGUGGGUAUGGUGUGUGCUUGGAUGGGGAAGAAAAGCUCCACUGACCUGUAGGAGAUUGUUUUUUAAGUGAAAUCCCAUUAAACUCAAAACAGUUAUGAAAAACAAGGCGAAGAACAUGAAGCUGUUUCUGUAUUCGUUUUAUUCCGAAGGACUUAACGUCUUAGGUGAAAGUUAUGACCAAUCAGAUUAAACUCUACCUACAUCCUGUAUUUUAAGGUCUAAGUUUAACUGGUCAACAUUUAAAUGGAUUGGAGCUAUUAGUAAAGUGUGAUGGGCUUUGUUUCCAAUUCUUUUACAUCUCCCCACCCGUCAACCUUCGUCCUUCAGCCCCUCUUUCUCUCUUCCAUAUUCUUUGGUUUGUAUGUGGUUUCUCAGUUAAUACAUAGCUAAUAGCUCUUAUUUUUCUUAUGUUUUUAACUGCUUAGGUCUAUCUGGAUGUAAGGGUGAAAAUUCAUUCGAUGGAAAUACUUGUGUAUAUUUAAAGACCCAAUUGCUCCUCUGGAGCCUGUACGUUCAAGAAUGAUUAAUCUGUGUAAUAAACUGAUUACUACAGUCA